AUCUUUCCAGCUUUAGUCGGACAGGCGCGGAGAGUCUUUCAGAAGGAUCGCCGCGAUGGCCGCCCAGGGAGAGCCGCAGGUCCAGUUCAAGCUCGUCCUGGUGGGCGACGGCGGCACCGGGAAGACGACGUUCGUGAAGCGCCACUUGACGGGCGAGUUCGAGAAGAAGUAUGUAGCCACCUUGGGCGUGGAGGUGCACCCGCUCGUCUUCCAUACCAACAGAGGACCCAUCAAGUUCAACGUGUGGGACACAGCCGGCCAGGAGAAGUUCGGGGGCCUGCGCGAUGGCUACUACAUCCAAGCCCAGUGUGCCAUUAUAAUGUUUGAUGUAACAUCAAGAGUUACUUACAAGAAUGCACCUAACUGGCAUAGAGAUCUGGUACGUGUGUGUGAAAACAUCCCCAUUGUGUUGUGUGGCAACAAAGUGGAUAUUAAGGACAGAAAAGUGAAGGCAAAAUCUAUUGUCUUCCACCGAAAGAAGAACCUUCAGUACUAUGACAUUUCUGCCAAAAGUAACUACAACUUUGAAAAGCCUUUCCUCUGGCUUGCCAGAAAGCUCAUUGGAGACCCUAAUUUGGAGUUUGUUGCCAUGCCUGCGCUUGCCCCACCUGAGGUGGUCAUGGACCCAGCUUUGGCAGCACAGUACGAGCAUGAUUUAGAGGUUGCUCAAACGACUACCCUCCCGGAUGAGGAUGAUGACCUGUGAGAGAGUGAAGCUGGAGCCCCGCGUCAGAAGUCUAGUUUUAUAGGCAACUGUCCUGUGAUGUCAGCGGUGCAGCGUGUGUGCCACCUUAUUUAGCUAAGCAGAUCGUGUACUUCAUUGGAUGCUGAAGGAGAUGAAUGGGCUUCGGAGUGAAUGUGGCAGUUAAAACAUACCUUUUUUUUUUUUUUUAACAUACCUUCAUUUUCUUUUGGACUUGCAUAUUUAGCUGUUUGGAACACAGUUGUUUCCUGAAUUUCAAAAAUAAGACUGCUACAGUCACAUCGCACUAUUCAGUCAGUGGUAAAAUCUUGUUCCUGUCAUUCCCAUUCUUUUUGUUUAGAAUCAGAAUAAAGUUGUAUUUCAAAUAAUCU